CAUUCAGUCUUACUUAAACCUCAAGGGAAACUGUCUAAUAAGACCUCCUGGGUUCAAGGAGCCACAGGAACAAAUCAAUAUUCAUGGACUACCUGAAGAACAGUAGAUCUCGGCGUGGGACAGGUAUCCCACUUGUUCAUGGUAAUUCCAGAAUGCCCUUAGCCACUUCUCGAGAGAGAUAUACUAACCAAAAUAGGAGCACAAAUCCACUUUCAAAAUGGAGGGGCAACUGUUAUGGACAGUAAGGGCCAGCCUAUUCACGUGUUAACUGUAAACCUGGAAGAUGAAUAUAGGCUCCACCAACAACCCCCUCCUUCUCCAUCCGAGAAUAUAGAACAGUGGUUAUUAGCCUUUCCUAAGGCGUGGGCUGAGACUGGAGGUGUAGGGUUAGCUAAACAUAGACCACCAGUUUAUGUAGAAAUUAAACCUGGAGCAGACCUGGUCAGAGUCCCCCAGUACCCUAUGUCACAAGAAACCCGGGAGGACAUAACCCCUCAUAUCUGGCGCCUAUUAAAAUUAGGAAUACUCCGACCCUGUCAGUCCGCCUGGGACACCCCCCUACUUCCUGUUCGAAAACCUCAUUCUAACGACUACUCACCAGUACAAGACCUCCGAGAAGUCAAUAAAUGAGUCAUGGAUAUUCACCCUACUGUCCCUAACCCAUACACCCUCCUUAGUUUUUUACUCCCAGAUCACCAGUGGUACUCAGUCCUAGACCUUAAAGAUGCUUUUUUCAGUCUACCACUGGCUCCAAAGAGCCAGGACCUGUUUGCCUUUGAAUGGACUGACCCGACAGAAGGCAUUAGCGGACAACUGACCUGGACGAGUUUACCUCAGGGGCUCAAAAUUUUGUCCACAAUUUUCGAUGAAGCACUACACGAAGACCUGGGUAAGUUCCGAUCUGACCACCCCAGUCUCACGCUGUUACAAUAUGUAGAUGAUCUCCUAGUUGCUGCAGCAGACUACAAGACCUGCCUCCAAGGAACCAGAGACCUGCUCCAAACACUAGGAGAUAUGGGGUACCGAGCCUCAGCCAAAAAGGCUCAACUUUGCCAGCCCAAGUCACCUACGGCACUGAACCCUGCCACCCUGUUACCAGAUCCGGAUUUGGGUGCUCCGCUCCAUGAUUGUGUCGGCAUUCUAGCUCAAGCGCACGGGAUCCGAGCUGACCUACGAGACACCCCCUUACCAGAUGCUGAGGUUACCUGGUAUACAGAUGGGAGCAGCUUUGUGCGUGGUGGACAAAGGUAUGUGGGAGCGGCAGUGGUGACGGAAACUGCAAUAGUUUGGGCUGAACCGUUACCGGCGGAAACAUCGGCACAACGAGCUGAACUAAUAGCAUUGACCAAAGCCCUAACUUUGGGAAAAGACAAAAAGUUAAAUAUUUAUAUGGACAGUCGUUAUGCUUUUGCCAUGGCACAUAUUCAUGGGACCUCACCUAUUACUCCCAGAUUCCAGUCUGAUUUGUUACGUGAAAUUGAUAAUUGUGAGCUCAUUUAUUCUCUUCAAGCCCUGCAACAAACACAACAGGACAUCUGGCCGAACUUAAGGGCCCUCUACCAAUCUAAUCUCCCUCCCGAACCUCACCAGUACCAGCCAGGUGAUUGCGUGUAUGUGCGGAGACAUCGACAAGAGACUCUACAACCUCGCUGGAAAGGACCCUACAUCGUGAUCCUGACCACACCCACCACCCUCAAAGUUGACGGAAUAACCUCUGGAUUCAUCAUACUCAUGUCCGCAAAGCCGAUCCUGUCCCUGACCAGGACCCACCAUGGCGCGUCUCCAAGGACCCCAACAAUCCGCUCAAACUAA